GGAACCCGUUUCUUCAACCGCCGAAGCAUUUGCGCGAAUAUUUCUAUUUAUUUAUUUCCUGUCUCUCUCAAACUAACCCUUUCACUUUUUUCUCUCACUUUUCAAACAUAACCGUCAUGGAACCGGAGCCACCUACCGUUACGGCGGUGCACGACGGAAGCGGCGACGACGGCGUAGUUGCAUUAGGAGAAGGUUCUGUCAGCAACGAGAACAGCAACAGGGAUAGAGUGAAGGGACCUUGGUCUCCUGAAGAAGAUGCCAUUCUCAGUGGUCUGGUGAGUAAGUUUGGUGCUAGGAAUUGGAGUUUGAUUGCUCGUGGGAUCUCUGGGAGAUCCGGGAAGUCGUGCCGACUGAGGUGGUGUAAUCAGCUUGAUCCUGCUGUUAAGCGGAAGCCGUUUACUGAUGAGGAAGACCGGAUCAUAGUUGCUGCUCAUGCGGUCCAUGGAAACAAAUGGGCAGCCAUUGCCAGGAUUCUACCAGGAAGAACAGACAACGCCAUUAAGAACCACUGGAAUUCUACUUUGAGGCGCCGAGGAGUUGAACAUGAUAAGUUCAAGUUAGAAUCAGGUAACAUGGGGGAAGAUAUUAGCAUGGAGAAAGCCAGAGCAUCAUCAGAAGAAACGCUAUCAUGUGGAGAUCUUAAUUCAUUGAAAUCUUCUGAAGGAAGAGAUUUUAGUUCUAAGGAGAUUGUGGAUGAUAGAUAUGAAGACAAAGCCAGGACUGAUCCGCAAUUACACCAUGAAGCCAGGGAUCUGCCAAUUGUUGAAGUCAGGGAUCCGCCGACCCUUUUUAAGCCUGUAGCUCGUGUAAGUGCUUUUAACGUAUAUCAUGCUUUUAAUGGUUCACAGCCGUCAACAUCAGUUCCAAGACCUGUUCCAAUGCAAGGACCUAUUUUACAUUCACCACAAUCAGAUAUGGAAAUUUGUAAAAUGCUCAACGGAACUUAUGGCGACAGGUCAAUACCUCAGCAAUGUGGUCAUGGAUGCUGUUCUUCUCUAAAUGGUAACACCUCAAAAAGCUCUUUGUUAGGCCCGGAAUUCGUUGAAUAUUCGGAGCCUCAAUCUUUCCCAAGUUUUGAGCUGGCUGCAAUAGCUACAGAUAUUAGUAAUCUUGCUUGGCUUAAAAGUGGAUUGGAGAAUAAUAGUGUCAAAAUGAUGGGUGAAACUGCUGGCAGGGUUAAUAUCUAAUGGAUCAUGAUUACAUAUUGGCCAUGGUAAUGCCAAAAAAGGACCAAUCUUAAUGGGACUGGAUUGGAUGGAUGUGCAUAAAGGCUAUAGUGAUGUGAACCUUAGUAGCAAACAAAGUCUUAGGGGUUGGAGUUAUGUGAAUCAUUGUAAUGAUGUAUAUGAAUUCGGCCAUUGACUGAGUAGUGAUUAGAACUAUUAUAAUUACUCUCUUUUCAUAAUUAUAUGAUCAAUUUCAAACA